UGCAGUUCUCUCCAGCUGACCAAAGAAAUGGUGAUGGAGAAGCCAAGUGCCCAGCUCGUCGGGCGGGAGUUUGUCCGACAGUAUUACACACUACUCAACCAAGCACCCGACUACCUGCACAGGUAAAGCCAGUACACUACUAGAACAUUCUUCCCAAACAGUAUCUAUUCCAUGAUGAUCUGCUUUCAAAUAUUAGUGGGCGAUCUAUGCCUCUACUACUAAGAGAAGAAGUAACUGAUUUUAAACUUGUUUAUGUUUUGAGGUUUUAUGGGAAAAAUUCCUCCUAUGUACAUGGAGGUCUGGACAACAAUGGUAAACCAGUUGAAUCAGUCUACGGACAGUCGGUGAGUACUGCAAUACAAUUUCCCUAAAUUAUAUUUGCAAUAGUUCAUGAAACCUUAGUGAAGCAGUAUUAUACGUUUACUUUGUAAAAUAUCCAAUGCGACACAGCCACAUGAUUGUAUGGCAUACCUCUAUCAGUGUGUUCUUAUUAAAGAUGGGUAAUAUAUUUUCAGUUAGGCUUUGUGAAACAAGGCUAACACAUUUUUAAGUUUGAGAUUUUCAUCAAGGUCUUUAAUUAUGUAUAAAGGAGAUCCAUAAAAAAGUGUUGGCGCUGAACUUCCGUGACUGCCACACCAAGAUCAGACAUGUGGAUGCCCAUGCGACCUUGAAGGAGGGCGUUGUGGUGCAAGUGAUGGGGGAGCUGUCCAACGACAUGCAGCCCAUGCGCAAAUUCAUGCAGACAUUCGUGCUGGCCCCUGAGGUAGGUCCUUCAACUGUAUAGAUGGACAUUGGAAAUUUGUCCUUGAAACUUUUUUUCAUUUAUGUAUUAGUGUCCAGUUCAGCUAAAGGGUUAAUUGUGUUGAACUCAAUGACAUUGGUGUUUCAGGGCACUGUAGCAAACAAGUUCUACGUUCACAACGAUGUAUUCCGUUACCAAGACGAAGUGUUUGGGGAUUCUGACUCAGAACCCCCUGAAGGUGAGCAUGUUACAGAUUAGAAAGCUGCUUUACGGUUAGCUGGUUUUCUUUCAUAUGUAAUUUACUUCUCAUGACUAAUACAUAAUGGCUAGAGGUGUUGCUCUUAUUGAACUCCAUUGCAGUGCUUUUUACUCAUACAGUACCUUGCAUAUGGGUCAACACUAUUAUUAAUAAUAUGUCUUCACUGUUUAGGGGUAUAGAAGCAUCUGGUGGCACCAUGAGGCGGCAGGUAGCUUAGUGGUUAAGAGCGUUGUGCCAGUAACCGAAAGGUCGCUGGUUCUAAUCCCCCUGCCGACUAGGUGAAAAAUCUGUCUGUGCCCUUGAGCAAGGCACUUAACCCUAAUUGCUCCUGUAAGUCGCUAUGGAUAAGAGCGUCUGCUAAAUGACGUAAAUGUAAAUCUGCUAAAUGACUAAAAUCUAACAGGUAUUGGAUUCAGCCCUGAAACUGCUGUAAUUGGGACUCACUCAUGUUCUUGGUGUUUCAGAGUCUGAUGAGGAGAUGGAGGAGAGAGUACCCUCACCGGAGGUGGUCCAGGAAGAGGCUGCAGCCUUCUACGAACAGACACCCUGGUAAGGAAACGCAUCCAUCUUCUCUUAGUUUAGCAUCAUAGUCUUGACUUUCUCAUUAAAAAUGUUUGUACAGCUUUGACAGUGCUACAUCAGCAAUCCUAUUCCACUUCAUCCUCGAUGUUGAUUAUGUAUUACUAUAGCAUGAAUGGUGGCAAACAUGCCCUUCAUGAGAGAGGGAGUGCGAGAGGCGUCCACCCAGGGUGCUCAAAAUCACAUAUUUAGAUUAUUGUCAUUAAUCUUAACAGAAUGUAAACAGUAGAACGAUGCUCUUAAACCAACAUGACAGGUUUUAUUAAAAAGCAAAACAUUGUUGAGUCUUCAUCCCUGCUAUAUAUCCUAAAUGAAUAUAAUAAAAUAAAAACAUUUAGCCUUGAAGAACAAGUCACCUACACAGUACUAAAAGACAACUCCAAAUAUAAGUUGCUAACCUGUCCUGUAGGCCAUUUGUAUGAACAUUUUUUAUUAAUAAAUAACACAACAGAGCUGUUUUCAAGUACAAUCUAGGCCUUUCUCAUUUGAUUUAGCCUUGGCAUUAACAUUUUUAAAUAACAAAACAUGUCUGUCUACAAACACCAAGGCCGGCCGGUCAUGGCUAGAAGGGAUCCAGCUAUUGUCAAAUUAACAUCAGAUUUGACUUUUCGUAUCAGGUUAGGAGAACUUACGCAGCAGGUUUAGAGAAUUAGGGUAAUGUUAGGAAAAGGGUUAGGGUUAGCGAAAAUGCAACUUUUUGACGUUCAUUUGACAAAAACUGGAUCCCUUCUAGCCGUGACCGGGCCGCGAUUCUGCACCACAGCAAAUGAAAGGGAACACUAGGCAGCCACAAAAUGAAGAAAUUAUAAAACCGAUGUUGUCCAAUCAAAUUUGAUAUGUUUACAGUUCUACUGGAUGGUGUUAAUGAAUUAUGUUUAUUAUAAUUUGUAAUUUCGUGUGGUCGUGUGUGUGUGAUAUACGUGGAUUAUUGAUAACAACUCCGUUUCCUGCUAUAGGCAGUUGGCUACCUAAUACGCUCAACUGACAUGCACCAAAUUAUACACAUCAUUACUCUACUCUAGUCUAUCAAUCUAUUCCAAAACUUUAUAGACGACUAUACAUGAAACGUGCGACAUGUUGAUCUUACCUAGGGAAGCAGAACUGCUAGGACCGACCUGACCAACGCAAUUUGCCUCUAAUAUACUUGCGUUUGCGGUGGUCCUUGGCCUGCUCAAAGUGUUGGGAAAUCAAAACUGUCCAACUCCUUUUAAAGCAGCCUGCGAUGCCCAUCAGCCUUGUUACUUUGUCCUCAGGAAGGUGCGAUCUUGAGGCCGUCUUUACUGUUUUGGAGAAAGAAUCCCGUCUCGGCGGGCACACUGGGAACUUUGAUAAUCAACAUUAUUUUAUUUAUUCUCCCAGACAAUUUGGCCGUUAACAAUUUUAUUUAUCGGCUUUUCUUUUUCUGUGAUGCCUAAACUUUGGUGGUUUACCCAAUACAUUACUUGCCACUUAUCUAGUGUGGAACUUUGUUUUUCUUGCCUACAGUCAGCACCUAAAACUGUUUUGGGAAUGUGCCAGCUCAUGCUUUUCACUAGAAUAUGUGUUACAGUAACAUGGAUGGUAGCAUGCUGCAAGGGAUAUUCUCCUUUUCCUAAUCUCAAAUUAGAAUGAUUCGUUUCUUAAUGAGAAUUCUAUGGCCAGAAUAUGCUCGUGGGUUAAUAUGAGAUAUGUGUGUGUCUGGGCUAUUUCAGCACCGAGGCCAAGAGGCCAGAGGAGGAGGAGGUGGUUGUAAUCCCAGAGCCUGAGGCUGAAACUGAGGUGGAGCCGGAGCCAGACGUGGUGGAUGGAAAACAGGACCUGGAGCCAGAGACCCAGCAGCAACAACACACCACAGAGGAGCAGGGAGAGAAGUGUCCGGUCUCCUCACCCCUGCCCUCCGCCACUGCUGACCCUGCACCUGCCGCUGAAGAUAACCGGGUAGGGCUAUGGUCAUGUCAACAUGGUGGUCGUGAUUCCAUGUGUGACCUGGCUGUCUAUUCCUCUCUGGAUGCUGUGUUUUGGCUGGUUAUCCACUGUCAAGAGGUCACAACGCAAUAUGUGACCUUUCUACAUCUCUGGCUAUUCCAUUUUGGUUUAAGAACCAUUUUUGGUUGUAUCGCCAUCAGCUUUGAUAGCUAAUUUUGUAGAUAAACAACUACUAUUGCUGAGAAAUUAUUUUAUUUUGCCCUUGGUUCUUCAUUAGGUUUGCCCAGCUUCUAGGGCUUUCCUUGUACAGCUGCCAAACCUCGUUCGUUUUAAUAACGUCACCGUUUCGUCUCUCCUCCAGCCUUUCUCCUGGGCGUCUGUCACCAGUAAGAACCUCCCCCCUAGUGGAGCUGUGCCUGUCUCGGGCGUCCCCCCUCACGUAGUCAAAGUCCCGUCGGCACCGGUACGUUAAACAUACAAUGUUACUUUUCUCUAUGUAAAAACACUCCUCCUGUAGCCAACAUUUAUGUAUUAAAUACCUGUAGAAGAAACAACCACACAUACUAUAUUGAUUACUAAAGGUGGAUAAAAUCACCUGUUACAUAUCUAGCAUGUAUCCUACCAUUUUUGAAAGACUUCAUACUACACUGCUCAAAAAAAUAAAGGGAACACUAAAAUAACACAUCCUAGAUCUGAAUGAAUGAAAUAAUCUUAUUAAAUACUUUUUUCUUUACAUAGUUGAAUGUGCUGACAACAAAAUCACACAAAAAUUAUCAAUGGAAAUCAAAUGUAUCAACCCAUGGCGUUCUGGAUUUGGAGUCACCCUCAAAAUUAAAGUGGAAAACCACACUACAGGCUGAUCCAACUUUGAUGUAAUGUCCUUAAAACAAGUGGCGAAUUUGCCAAUCUUGGUGUUCUCUGGCAAAUGCCAAACGUCCUGCACGGUGUUGGGCAGUAAGCACAACCCCCACCUGUGGACGUCGGGCCCUCAUACCACCCUCAUGGAGUCUGUUUCUGACCGUUUGAGCAGACACAUGCACAUUUGUGGCCUGCUGGAGGUCAUUUUGCAGGGCUCUGGCAGUGCUCCUCCUUGCACAAAGUAGAAGUCCUGCUGCUGGGUUGUUGCCCUCCUACGGCCUCCUCCACGUCUCCUGAUGUACUGGCCUGUCUCCUGGUAGCGCCUCCAUGCUCUGGCCACUACGCUGACAGACACAGCAAACCUUCUUGCCACAGCUCGCAUUGAUGUGCCAUCCUGGAUGAGCUGCACUACCUGAGCCACUUGUGUGGGUUGUAGACUCCGUCUCAUGCUACCACUAGAGGUAAAGCACCGCCAGCAUUCAAAAGUGACCAAAACAUCAGCCAGGAAGCAUAGGAACUGAGAAGUGGUCUGUGGUCACCACCUGCAAAACCAGUCCUUUAUUGGGGGUGUCUUGCUAAUUGCCUAUAAUUUCCACCUGUUGUCUAUUCCAUUUGCACAACAGCAUGCGAAAUGUAUUGUCAAUCAGUGUUGCUUCCUAAGUGGACAGUUUGAUUUCACAGAAGAGUGAUUGACUUGGAGUUACAUUGUGUUGUUUAAGUGUUCCCUUUAUCUUUUUGAGCAGUGUAUAUUGAUUACUAAGGGGGAUAAAAUCACUUAUUACAUAUCUAGCAUGUAUCCUACCAGUUGAAAGACCACACAUACUAUAUUAAUGAUUAGGUAUCAGAAACACUUACAUUUGGUGGCCUUUUAAUCAACGUUCCUCUUAAAAGGGCAACGAACACAAUCAACAGGUGAUUUAGCCUGGAGUUUUGAGUGUGUUGUCAUGCUGCUCUAGCCUGGUUUCUCUGUGUGUUGUGCUCUAGCCCAGGGUGGAGGUGAAAACAGAAGCUGCAGCACAGAGAACACAACCGAGAGGAGACCAGAGACCACGGGAAGCAAGGCCAGGCCCCCCACCAGUCAACAGAGGACCCAGACCAGGAGGUACGAUCCACCAGACAGCAUCUCGCCCAACACCCAGUACCAUCCACCAGACAGCUGGGUCAUGUUCAGGAGGUAGAAAACGUCUUGAAAUGAAGUGAAACUGGGAGGUACUACCUGACCUCGUCCAAUAAGAACACAGAUUUAAGUUUUCCGUUGUAAAAAAUAAAAUGUUUUGCUACAGUAUGCAGUCUACGUUGGAUGUAAACCUGUCUGUUAGUCUGAACUCUGAAUGCCCUCUUUAAAGAAUAGGCGUCAUAUACACUGAGGAAACAUCAGACGUGGAUGCGUUAGCAUGACCCUCUCAUGCCUCUAUCCAUCUGCUCUUAGCAUGACUGUCUGCUCUUGGUUUGCAGUGAGGGAAGGAGAACCGGGAGAGUCGUCGGACGUUGGCCGCGUUGUGAGGUAUCCAGACGCUCACCAGCUCUUUGUAGGAAACGUCCCCCAUGAUGUGGACAAGGCAGAGCUCAAGGAGUUUUUCCAACGUAUGUCACUUAUUCUAUUUCAAAAUGGUCUGCAAAAAAGCAUUUUAAUUACUUUGUAUGGUUUCAACUGGCAAAUAAUUGAUUAAACAGGGACAGUACAUGGUAAUCAAUAACUCUUGACAGGACUGAGGUUUAGUAGUGCCAGAUUUAGUCUUAAUUGAUCAUAUUCCCCCAAUGACCUGUAAAAGGGUUUGAAAUAAUUGAUUAGAAUCAUUGAUCUGUAAUGUUAAAUGAUCUGCAUCCCUGUAACAGAAUACGGUACAUGCGUUGCAGGAACUGAUUGAAGUAAUUGAUUGAAAGAGUUUAUAUGUAAUUUUAAUACGAACUGGUUCCUCCUACAGAGUAUGGUACUGUGCUUGAGCUACGGAUCAACAGCGGAGGAAAGCUUCCCAACUUUGGAUUCGUGGUGUUUGACGAUUCGGAACCUGUACAGAAAAUCCUAAGCAACCGGGUAAUAAUUAUAUUCAACAUAUAUGUUAAGUCUGAGUGUUUUAAUUACAAACAUGCUGAUUUGAUGAACUCGCCUCCAUUUUGUAAAGCCUUGGACUCCAUUUCAAUGAUGGUAGAAGGGUGCUUCACAUUCCCAUAAAUAUCCAUUUGGGAGCAGUAAAUGUUAUUCAAAAAUUAUCUUAAUGCAUGUACAGACACAAUCCUCUUUUAAAAGCCCACUCUGUGAUUUUUACAUCUGUUUAUGAUAAUUUAAAUGAAUGAAUGUACUAACAGUCCUCUUUCAUCUGUAGCCCAUUAAGUUCCGAGGAGACAUCCGACUGAACGUGGAGGAAAAGAAGACUCGCUCUGCCCGGGAAGGGGACCGGCGUGACAACCGCCCCAGGGGUCAAGGUGGCCCUGGAGGGCCCCGAGAGAGGAUAGGAGGGCCCAGGGGCCCCCCCACCAGGGGUGGCAUGGCACAGAAACCCAGCUUUGGCUCUGGACGAGGCACUGGACCCAGCGAGGGAGGUCGCUACACGGGACCUCGUCAGUGAACGUCACUCUGAAGUUGGUCUGAUGUCCCACUACCGUGCCAGUUUACUACUGCUGUCAGUUGCCCCGACUCUUGAGUAUUAUAAAACAAAGAUGGCUUCUCCAUCCCUCCCUCUGCUUUUAGUUUUCUACAUUGGGAUUCUGGAAUGUGAUCCAUCGCUCCUUUCUCCCGACGUUGACAUGAUCUGUAAUUCUCUCCUGGUCUUUCACAUCAUCCUGAACUAAGUCAAAAAAGGCUCUAAACUAACUACUUGAAUUGGAAUAAUCCAGUUUGGUUUUGGCGUUCUCUCCCUGUUUCUUAAAGGAACGUGUAUGUACUGCUUGGGCAGUCCUGUGUAUUGCCGCCACUGUCUUUUCAGGUCAAAUGCAAGUAUGGUUUUAUUUUAAAUU